GCUCGGAACGUCGGCGGCUGCCGGGUAACAUGGUUCCAUGUCAGAGAGCAACACUUGAUCAUGGAACAUGGGCUGAGGCCGGGGCGGCCGAGGCAGCUGCAGAGGCAGCAUCAGCCGCAGCCGCCGGGAGAGGCUCCGGUGCAAUGAAUCGCUGCGCGAGCAGGUGAGGCGGGCCGGGUUUUGCGGGGAGGGGAGCCCGAGGAUGGGUGGGGUCGCCCGGCGGCAGAGAGAGGGAGGAACCGCCUGCUUUUUUAAAAAGGGCUUGCAGUAAUCACAGCGGACAGGUCCGCCUUCCUCCCCGCACGUCGGGAUCCCGAGACCGGUGCCAGCUCGCCUGCAGGCGUGCAUGCACCCAGCCUUCCUACCUGCACCAUCCGAGGCUGUUUGCCGCAUGCAAGCCCCGGAAGAACGAAGCGCGCCGAUGCUACUGCUGAACGGCGAGGAUGCUCGGUCGGAUCCUCGUUCCGACGGCCUUAGCGGUGCGCCCUCCUCCCCGCCUCCCGCCCCAAGUCAGGCUCCAUCCAGGCGCGGAGCCGGAUAGCCAGACACAACAAGCAGGGAGAUCUGGCGGAAUCCAGCCUCGCUGUGGGGGUGACAGAUUUAUGAUCACCCGGGACAAUGUUAUGCGGGAAGAGAGGGAUCCAGCUCUGCGCAGAGGCUCCCGCUUCCUUUUGUGUGACAGUUCCCAGAGGGUUAUUCCAGGGUGUGCGUAUAAAUGUGUAGAUGCGUGUCCUUAGAGGGAGAUCAGGGUCCCUCUUCCCUUCUCCGCGCUCCGGUGAGAGAGAACCUGAGGGGGCUGCUGAGGAAGAGAGGGAUCGGAGGGUCCUCCUCUUUUGUUUCAUAGGUGUAUCCGAUAAGUGUCUGCUUUGAUUAUUGCUGUUCCAUUGUUUCCCAUUUCUGGCUGAGAACAACGAGAGCCUCUGCCUGAUGCAUCUCGCUCGCUAGUUCUCCUAGUGGGAAACGGGCUGUUUUGUCUGACCAUGAUGCUAACAUGUGCUGUCUUGCACCUCCUGUUGUUAUUUCCGAAUAGAUUCUGCCUGCAAGAGGAGAGACCCGCCGGUGAUCUGCUUGGCUGCUGUUAGCAAGCAACUUCAUGCCAACCUGAUUCCUUGGGGGUGGGGGAAGAGGGGAUGGGGAGUGCUACCUGGUUGGGACACUGAGCUGUCCGUCUCUUCCUGCUUUGCCCCGGAGAGGUGCCUCUCGUCCCUUUGAAGGCUCAGCGAUGACGGGCUCCAGCUCCAAUGCUUCCCGCCACCCUAAAGGAGACAAAGGGGGCCGUUCGAGGAGCUCGCACGCCCGGACGGUUGGCCUUGCCAACAGCGGGGGCUCGGAAGAGGAAGACAAAGAUGGAGGGGUGGUUUUCCUCGUCAACAAAAGUGGCUUCCCUAUUGAUGGGAAGACCUGGGAGAGGAUGUGGGGCCACGUGGCGAAGGUGCAUCCGUCGGGCAAAGAGAUGGUGGAGACCAUAAGGAAUGCUGACAACCUUGCAAAAGUAAGUUAUGACUGCAGCUUCCUUUGUCAUGGGCCUUAUUCUGUGGCAAGGGUCCGCAGAUUCUCUAGCCCAGACAGGUGGCUAGUCUGUAGAUCUCCCAAUGUUGUUGGACUCCAAAUCCCAUCAGCCCCAGCCACCAUGGUUGAUGGUCAGGGAUGAUGGGACAUGGAGUCCCAUGCAGUACCUGGCGGGCCAAAGGUUAACCACCUCUGCUCUGGCCAGGUGUGUGAAUCAAGCUUGUGGGUGUGGGUGUAUUUACUCAUUUGCAUGAUCGUUUCUUCUUUCCCCAGUGAGGGUUUCAAAGAAUGGUAGAGUUGGAAGGGACCACAAGGGUCAUCUAGUCCAACCCCUUGAAUUGCAGGAAUCUUUUUGUCCAAUGUGGGGGUCAAACCCACAACUUUGAGAUUCAGAGUCUCGUGUUCUGCCGACUGAGCUAUCCCGCAAGCUAAUUGAAGGUUGGUAGCUCUUUCUUUUGCAAGCAAAGGAUUAACUGUAAGGAAGUCAGGCAUUGGGUGAGGCAGCCAUGGAUAUGGGAAAAAGAAACCCCAAUUAAAUUAAUGGACCUUAGGCAUGCUCAUGCGUUCCAAUGGGUCUGCUGUGAGUAGGUCUAACAGACACAACCCUCCAGCUCUAAACAGGGCACUGAAGUCUUACCUAGGGACCAGUGUAUGCCUUGCUCAGCCUCCUUUGGUCUUUGAAACUUUGCCUAAGUGCCCACAUGUUUCCAGGCCUUUCCUGUACCAUGAGGACUAGUAAGUUGCUUUAAAAGAAGAAGCUUGUACCAAUUUGUAUCCAUGUGUGCAGUACUGUGGUGUAGCGUAGAAUAUUCCCAGCCUUGGUUAUACUUGCAUUAGUAGGCCUUUGAGACAUCUAUAAACGCAGCCCAGCAGCUGUUCGUUUUCAUCCCUGGAGGAAAUGCUUGUAGUUGCACAUUAGAGCGGAGGCCAGAGGUGGUUAACAGCGACAGUCAUCUGGGCAUUUCCAUGCUAAGCACUUAAUUUUGAGCAACAAAUCGCUUUCCAUGCAUUGGAAAUGUCGGGUCUCAUCGUUUCUCUCCAUGAACAGUUGUGAAAGUUUGCAGCUCUCUGCUAACAGCUCUUGUGAUGAAGCGAAAUCACAGGUGGCACAACAGCUGCAGUUUGGCAGGAAAAAUGACACUUGGCUCAGGAUUGCGUUGAAUUUCAGAUUUGAUGGGAUGCAAUGAGAAGUCUGUAGAAACCCUCAAACCAGGCAGUUUGGAUUGUUUCACUCUGACCAGCUGCUCCAAGCUUCUUCUGUGUUCUGUGCACUUACAAGUAGUACAUGAAGCUGCCUAGGCCAGAUCAUCUAGCUAGUCUUGCCUACCCUGACUGGCAGUGGCUCUCCAGGAUCUCAGAGUCUUUCCUACCACCUAGAACUGGAAAUGCUGGAGAUUCAAUCUGGGAUCUUCUGCAUGCAAAGUAUAGACUCUACCAAUGAGUUAUGGUCCCUUUUCUAUCAGAAGUGCUCUGCUACUGAGCUACAGUUAUCUCCAGAGGCUGCCCACACCUUCAAUAUAAAGGAGAAGCAAAAUUGCACCAUUGGUGAGCAAAGAGGCAGGCCUGAUGUUGCUUGCAGUCAUGGUGACACUACGGAUGAUGGACUGCACUUCAAGAUGGAGUCUAGAGCCCUAUGCAAGGUCCUCCACACAUACCCAACGAUAUAAGUUGCUUGGAGAAGUGCAUUCAAAUGGCCUCCAGGAGUUCCUUCAGAAUUAGUUAAGAACUCCGUGUAACAUUUGGGAAGUGGUAUUAUCUAUAUAUAUCACAUUUAUAUCCCACCUUUUUCUUCCGGGAGCUCAAAGUGGCAUACAUGGUUUUCCCUCUCCUCAUUUAAUCCCCUGAACAACCCUGCGAGGUAGGUUAGGCUGAGAGGCAGGGACUGGGCCCAAGGUGGGGAUUUGAACCCUGGUCUCCUAGGUCCUAGUCCAACACUACUAACCCACGCGGGCUGAAUUUGCCACCGCUGCAAUCCUAUGCACAUUUAAUUAGAUGUGAGCCCUAUUGUGCAUGAAGAUGCAGAGGAUUACGUUGCCAGCUUUCCAAGCAGCUGCAUCCCAGGACACUGAGGCUGGCUGGUCAUAUGGAGAAAUAAAACAGGCCCUUAUAUAGCGCUGUGUGUGGAAAGAAUUAAUACAAAUAAUAAUAAUAAUAAUAAUAAUAAAAAUUUAUUAUUUAUACCCCACCCAUCUGGCUGGGUUUCUCCAGCCAGAUGGGCGGCUUCCAGCAAAAUAUUAAAAUACCAUAACUCAUCAAAUAUUAAAAGCUUCCCUGAACAGGGUUUCCUUCAGAUAUCUUCUAAAAGUCAGAUAGUUGUUUAUUUCAUUGACCUCGGAUGGGAGGACAUUCCAUAGGGCGGGUGCCACUACCGAGAAGGCCCUCUGCCUGGUUCCCUGUAACCUCACUUUUCACAGUGAGGGAACCGCCGGAAGGCCCUCAGAGCUGGACUUCAGUGUCCAGGCUGAAUAAUGGGGUGGAGAUGCUUCUUCAGGUAUACAGAACCGAGGCCAUUUAUGGCUUUAAAGGUCAGUACCAACACUCUGAAUUGUGCCCGGAAACAUAUAUGGCUGUGUCCAGCUAAGUUUUCCUCAGAAUAGACCCAUUGAAAUUAAUGGACUUAAGUUAGUCCCGUCCAUUUCAGUCUACUCGGGGUAAGCUAACAUCAAAUGCAACAGGCUUACAUAAUAUGAUUGCAUUAUAACUCUAACAAUAAGUAGGAUAUAUUUACUAGUCCUCAAAGAAAAACUAAUGUCCUACAUCUCAGAUGCCAUGCACGCCCCUCCCUGAUGAAUUUGGGACUCUUAGAAUCAUAGAACCAUAGAGUUGGAAGGAACCACGACGGUCAUCUAUCCAACCCCUUCCAAUGCAGGAAUCUUUUUGCCCAAUGUGGGGAGCUUGACAAAGACUUUCCUAAUGCAGCAGGAAUUUUAAAGUGGUUUCCACCCCUGUUUUUAGAAUGAAUUUUAAUCUUAUUCUUUGUAUGAUCUUUUUGUUAACAUUCUAUGUACACAGCUUAGAAAUUCUGAAUAUAAAGCCACAUAUAAAUGCCUUAAAUAAAUAACAAAAUGAAAAUAUAGUCCCUUAGCCAUACUGCCCAGAAUCUGUUGUGUAUUUAUUUCAGCAUUCCCCUUUGCUUUGAAAAAUGAGGGUGAUAAUUAGGGUUGCCAACUGACCAGAAAAAACCCCAUACCUGGCUUUCUCUUGUACCUGUCACGGCAGCUUGAAGGGCACUGAGUGAAGCAUCAUGCAGAUAAGCAUUACCAGCUAUGAAUGUAUGACAAAGCAUUAAAGGCACAAGAGCAACACUGGGUUGAAAGAAAGAGCUGGGUUUUGUUUUUGUUUUUUAAGAUGGUUGGCAACCCUCUUUCCAAUCCCUCCAUUUUAAUUCAUCAGCUGCUAUAUCCCAAUUGAAAUCCUUGUGAAUGGACUUAUUCAAAGUAAGUGCUAAAUUGCAACGUAUGGGAAUCUGGCAUAUGCCACCCAAAUUAAAUCUGUAAUUAGUGAUGAUUUUCUUAUUAGCGUGUCAGAGGCACGCUAUUUCCUCUUGGCCAGAAAGGAAUCGGGAUUUGGGUUUCAAUGAGCAUCCCAGCGCCCCAGUUGCUAUUGCAGGCGGUCAAGGCAGAUGCUUCCUUCCCUCAGCUUUUUCCAUUCCGAAUUCUAAUUCUGCACCAUGUGACUUGCGGUUGGCCUGGUGAUUGAUGAAACAGCUGGCGAUGGAGACAACUUGCGAUGGAAACUCUCCAGAGAUAGCUGCCCUUCCAGCCACCUGUUAUGUCUGCAAGGCUACAUACUGCGGGGCACUGAGACGACUUUCCUAUUAAGCUCCCUUGUGUUUUAGCAGUCGUGAGCAAGCAUGUCGUCCGUCUGGGCAGGUUGACAUUUUGUUAUGUGCCACAGAGUUGCUCUGACCAUUUGUUUUUCUUUUAUACAAAAAAACAACAACAAAAAAAAUGGAAACCUGGUCUGAUACCUACUGGACUGCCUGAUCCUACAGUAGAUCCCUGGGUGGCAACUAAUUUUUAAAUAUCCUGUGCACAUCUGUGCAAGGCAAUUCUAGUGCAAACCAGGAAUUAACCCCUUCCGUCGUCAUGCAUGGAAAUCUGCCACAUCCCAGAUCAGAUUAUUUAUUGUGAUGUCAGGUGAUUGACAGGUGGGCACAGUUGGCCCAUGGGGGAUGGGAGAAAAAACAAUCUGUUACACUGUCAAGAUCCAGUACUCCACCUCUGGUGAAUUCAGUCGAGUACCUAUGGUCCUCCAGGUGUUGUUCACCUACAGCUCCCAUCAUCCCUUGCUGACUCGGGCUCAUGGGAGUUGGAGUCCAGCAGAAAUAAAUAUGGAGGGCCCCAGGUUCCCUGCCCCGGUCUUCUCUGACUAGUAGGUGACCUUCUCUUCCUUAAUGAGCCAGUGUGGUGUAAUGGUUACAAGUGUCGGAAUAGGACCUGAGAGACCAGAGUUCAAACCCUGACUCAGCCAUGAAGCUCACUGGGCCAAUCACUGCCUUUCAGCCUAACUUAUUUCCUAGGGUUGUUGUGAGGGAAAAAUGGGGGGGGGGAGGAGCUAUAGCUAUGCUAUAUCACCUUAAUCUUCUUGGGAAAAAGGUGGUAUGCUAAAUGCAAUAGACACAAAUAAAUAAGUUGUAACUUCCUUGAACAAAAUCUAGCACCCUGGUGGAACAGAACAGCAGCAUCAAAGGGCUGGGGAAAUAUUUCACAUUUUUGGAAAUCGGUGUCCCAUUUUUAGGAAUAGGCACUAUCCAGAGCUGCGACAGCAUUGGAAUCCCUGACUGCCAACAUCAGAUUGUUAAGAGCGGGUGCUCGGCAUUCUUUCGUAAAUCUGUUAUGCAGCUCUAAAUGGUAAACUUCUUUAAAACGUUGUUCAUAAUCCAUGAGAUUCUCAUGGCAAAGGAAGCUCGUUUGUGUUUCAGACAUUUCAGCAUCUGGUCACUCACUGGCUCCUGUCACAUAUGCCAGCAGUCCAGCUGCUGAAGGCAUGUGUCCAUGUCCGUUUGUCAAUUGCUGGCACAGAAGAGUGACAUGUGGCAUCAUAACCAGCUCCCUUUGACAGUGCCGCAAACAGCUGUGGUGAAUAUUCUGGGGGAAGUAUGGAGCAGGGAGUAGUGCUGAGUGAUGGGGAACUGUCUUCUGUGCAUUGCAAGGCCAGACUAAGAAAACAGUUACUUGAUUUGGCAGAGCUGGCCUGACGCUGGAAUGAAGACCAAACUGAGCUGCCCAAUCUUAUUGUAAUGAAUUGGCUGGAAAAAGAGAGGAAUGGUGGGAGGCUGGGGAACCCCAAAGGGAAGAAGGCCCCCGGACCUUGGGAUUGGUGGUGGAAUGACGAUGAGUGCUCAGAGGGAGAAGAGAGAGCAAACUGGGAGGAGGAAGCUGAAGAGGUAACAGGGCUCAGUGAGAAGGGAGAGUCUUAGGUAAAGAGAAGUUCUGAAUCGGAAGCUGCAGCAGGAGAGAGGGAUGAGGGAAGCCAAGAGGCAGAGAUGAGUCAGGGUGGUGAAGAAGCUUCCCCCUCCCUGGUCUCCCAGGACCAGGAGAGGCAUGAAGUGAGAGAAGCAGAAGCAGACAUGCCAGCGUAGUCUCAGAUUGCUUGGGAAGGACCUGGGAGAGGAUGAGACUUCGACAGCUGUAGGAAGAUAGGGAUCCUCAGUCUCCACAACUGCCUCAUAGGGGCAAGACCUACCAAAGAAGAAUUGCUGUGCUCAUUAGGCCUGGCAGACUAUGCUUCUAAUAAAGAGUUAACUUUGCUUAUUCCAUAUGAUUUAUUGCUGGCUGGCUCCUGUCACUUAUGCACUUGCUAUAAGCCAGGGGUGAAGAAUCUGUGGCCCUCCUGAUGUGGUUGGACUCCAGCUCCUAUCAUCUGUGACCUUUGGCCGUAUUAACUGGGGAUGGGGGGAGUCCUGCAACAUCUACAAGGCCCUAGACCAGGCUUCCUCAACCUCGGCCCUCCAGAUGUUUUUGGCCUACAACUCCCAUGAUCCCUAGCUAGCAUGACCAGCGGUCAGGGAUGAUGGGAAAUGUAGUCUCAAAACAUCUGGAGGGCUGAGGUUGAGGAAGCCUGUCCUAGUUGCCUAGAUAGGGUCAGGCUGCAUGAACUUCCUUAGCGUAAACCAGCGAUGCUGCUGGCCAGUUGGGACAUGAGGCUCAGGAGCCAUGUAUCUGCAUAAAUGGAAGUGUGUCUUGGUGGAAAUUUGAGAGUAGGUGGCUAGGGUCUUCCUGGCAUUGAUGAAGGCCAGUAAUCCUGUUGGCAAAGCUUUAAAAAAAAAUAAAUUAAGAAAGAGAGCAUUUGAGGAAGAAUGGAAAAUGUUUACAGAACUUUGGAGCAGUAGUCAGAGAGAUGGUUAGUUAGACAAGACACCUUUUGCAAUUUUAUGAGAAGAAAUGAAUAUGAUACUUCUUCAACAAAAUAUCAUAAAUGUAUACAUUUAUAAAUCAAAGGGCCCAAGCAAUACCUCCCCCCUAUUAAAUUUAUUAAGUAUGCUGGUUUAUUUUUCUUUGCUCCCCCCCUUUUAAUUUUUUGUCCAUGGUUAUUGGUAUUCUGGAUUAUACAAAUCAUUAUUUAAAGUUUACUUGCAAUUUGAUGUAUCCUGUCUAAACUGUGCAAUUUUUGUGUGCUUGUUUCCAUGUCAGUACUUGCAUUUUCAAUGUACUCGCAUAUACCUAUCCAUAUAAAUAUAAGCAAAAAACAAAUAAUGGUAAAAAGCAGGGAAGCGAAGAGUCAAGAGAUGUGGGGCCACUGCACAAAAGACCCAGGGCUUGAGCCACCCCAUAACCGGACCUCUGGUGUGAGCAGAACACUGUCAUCCUGAGGUGAUUUCAGCUCUGCCCCCUUCCUGCUUGAAUAAGCAACAGCCUCUCAACAUUUCUCUCUCUCCUUGUUCACAGCCUUCAAUGCCAUCCUUGCCAAGCUACAGGGCUUCCAUGACCAUCCCUGAGUGGCUUCAGGCAAUACAGAAUUACAUGAAGAUGCUGCAGUAUCCUUUUUUUAAAUAUAUAUAUAUGUUUUGGAGACCCAAAACUGCAAUGUUAAGCUUUUCUAUUGAGCUGUUGAGUGAAUGCAUGGAGGGAGGGAGGGAGGGAAAAGGGUAAAAUGUGACAUGAGAAUGGAAAGCAAAGGAGGGGUAAAAUUCUCUUUGCUACCUUUCCCUGGCAAUAGGGAAGAUUUGUGAGGCUACCUAAGCUUUGGCCUGCUUCGCUUGGUCUUGAGGGCCAUGCAAUUAGCUUGUGCUGACACUGAUGAGGAUGUAAUUGAAGAGGGAGAUUUAGCAUCCAAUCGAUUGAAAAUGUCCUUUGUGAACUCCGCUUCCAAGGUCAUUGGGAAGAGAAUUUUCACAUCUUUGUGGUGAUGAAUUGCUGCUGAGGAAGAGAAGGUGGUGUCCAUACCUUUGAAAGGCCAGAGCGGCCUGUAUUGAGCUGAAGGGGCUUGUGAAGCCUUAGGAGCUUGGUGGGGUAGAUCAUUAGAUGGAACAAAUGAGAUCUGCAACAAAAUGUUGCCAUUCCCCUACACCCCAAAUCAGCACUACAGUGGUACCUCGGGUUAAGAACUUAAUUCGUUCUGGAGGUCCGUUCUUAACCUGAAACUGUUCUUAACCUGAGGUAUCACUUUAGCUAAUGGGGCCUCCCACUGCUGCUGCGCUGCCACUGCAUGAUUUCUGUUCUCAUCCUGAAGCAAUGUUCUUAACCUGAGGUACUAUUUCUGGGUUAGCAGGGUCUGUAACCUGAAGCGUCUGUGGCUACUGAGCAUGCUCAGUACUCAGUACUCCUUGAGCUGCUUCUUGGGUUCCCUUCUCUCUUAGGUGCUGUUUUGCAAAUUUUGGGUUUUCCCCAUGCCUACUAGUGCUAUCCUCUUGUACAUGAGCAGUGCCAUGAGCGGUUCACAGCCUGGAAAGAGAGGAAAUGAUAUGGUUUAGCCAAUUGGAGUCCUGUAAGAAGGAAGCUGAGUUUUCACCUAAGGAGAAACCCACACCAUACAUUUACAGACCAUGGCACUGUAGUUUGUUAAGGGUGUGGCGAAUUGCAGCUGAGUGAGUAGAAAACUACAGUUCCCAGGAUUCUUUGGGGGAAGCCAUGUGCUUCAAAUGUACAGUGUGGAUGUGCCCAAUCUGUCUCAGUAUUGCCUACCCUGACUGGCAGUAGCUCUCCAGGGUUUCAGGGAGGACAUCUUUCCCAGCUUUACCUGGAGAUGCAGGGGAUCUGCAUGCAAGGCAGAUGCUCUCCCCUUGAGCUACAGCCCUUUCCCAGAUAAUUGCCUGCAAUUCAGACUAGCAGGCUGGAGUGGUAUAUGGAUUGGAGGGGGAGAAGUGUGCUUUAAGUAUACAAAGCAUUAAGGAUGUCUUGAAAUCUGAGUGAACUUUGUUUGACAUUGCAACGAACCUGACCAGCUUUUAAAAAAUUGACCAUUCUAAACCCCCUGAGGAUCUGCCUUACAAAAAAAAAACCCACUCUAAAGCAGAGCCGCUUCUCCAGUUUCCCACACAUCUAAAACAGCAAAUUAAGCUGAUGCUUUGCUUCCUUUUUGACACAUCACUCCAUUACAGUUCAGCUCUCCAUGCUGGAAACAGAUGUUCCCAUUGGGCUAUUAAGUGGCCAUCCUGUGUCUGGCUAUUAAGCUGUAACUCUGAGUCAGAAAGUGAUUUAAAACACUGCCAAAAAUAAACCACUGUGUUGGCCGCAGCGAGGGAACCACCAGAAGGCCCUCAGAGCUGGACCUCAGUGUCCGGGCUGAACAAUGAAGAUGGAGAUGCUCCUUCAGGUAUAUAGGGCUGAGGCUGUUUAGGGCUUUAAAGGUCAGCACCAACACUUUGAAUUGUGCUCAGAAACAUACCAGGAGCCAGUGUAGAUCUCUUAAGACUGGUGUUAUAUGGUCCCGGAAGCCGCUCCCAGUCACCAGUCUAGCAGCCGCCUUCUGGAUUAAUAGCAGUUUCUGAGUCACCUUCAAAGGUAGCCCCACGUUCAUUGUCAAAUACAUCUCCAUUGUGUAUCUUUUUAAAUCUGUGAUUAAAUUGGAGGUAAUAACUUUUAAUAGAUGGUAUGCAUUAUAGAAGUGAUGAUGGUCAUAUCACUCGCUUAAACCAAUUGAUUUCUCCUCCCUGUUAUGCAGUUACUUUGCCUUAACCAAUAAAACUCAGAUACAAUCACACAGGGACUCAAUUUUUUGAAAUUAGGAAAUCAAGACCUCUAAGUGGGUAAGUAUCAAUUGGACUCAUUGGGGGGUGCUGGAUGCUCUGGUGGGCUUGGGUUAUUUUAUUUUUAAAGAAGAAGAAGAAGAAGAAGAAGAAGAAGAAGAAGAAGAAGAGGAAGAGUUUGGAUUUGAUAUCCCGCCUUUCACUCCCUUUAAGGAGUCUCAAAGCGGCUAACAUUCUCCUUUCCCUUCCUCCCCCACAACAAACACUCUGUGAGGUGAGUGGGGCUGAGAGACUUCAAAGAAGUGUGACUAGCCCAAGGUCACCCAGCAGCUGCAUGUGGAGGAGCGGAGACGCGAACCCGGUUCCCCAGAUUACGAGACUACCGCUCUGAACCACUACACCACACUGGCUCUCAGAGAGAGCUCCUAAGGUUGGGUAACUUGUCUGCAUGGAUAAAACAGGAUAGAAUGCUUGACAUAAGACGGGCCUGUUGGACCAAGCCAAUGGCCCAUCUAGUCCAGCAUGCUGUUCUCACAAUGGCCAGCCAGAUUCCUAUGGGAAGCCUGCAAGCAGGAUGCAAGCCCAAGAGCCCUCUGUUUCCAGCAACUCAGAAACUUUGGCCAUGUGAACAGAGGCCGAAAGUGGAAAGUUACAAUCUUAGCUCAGGUCUGUACCAGUGACAAGGCCAGUUGCCUAGCCAAAAAAUGCCAGCUUGUCGUUGCUUCAUCGUGGACCAACACUAUGUGAUAAGUCAUUGCAUGAAUUGCCCCAAAGACUGUAUUAUAUGGCUCAUCUGCUGCAGCAGACGGUUUUCGGUUAUGACUAGUGGUGUAUUAGUAAGUUUUGAAGUCCAGGAGCUUAUCAUGAUAGCCCCAUAGCCCUGCUCUCAAGGAGAGACAAAAACACGGUUUUUGUUCCAACACCCACACCUAUCAAUGAGCACUAGCAUAAUAGCAUAAUACAGGCAUAGGCAAACUCGGUCCUCCAGAUGUUUUGGGACUACAACUCCCAUCAUCCCUAGCUAACAGGACCAGUGAUCAGGGAUGAUGGGAAUUGUAGUCUCAGAACAUCUGGAGGGCUGAGUUUGCCGAUGCCUGGCAUAAUACAGUGGUACCUUGGGUUAAGUACUUAAUUCGUUCUGGAGGUCCAUUCUUAAUCUGAAACUGUUCUUAACCUGAUGCUUUAGCUAAUGGGGCCUCCCGCUGCCCCCACACCACCGGAGCACGAUUUCUGUUCUCAUCCUGAAGCAAAGUUCUUAACCCGAGGUACUAUUUCUGGGUUAGCGGAGUCUGUACCCUGAAGCGUAUGUAACCCGAGGUACCACUGUACCUAGUUUGUUAGAUCAGCAUGACAUGCCAUCAUAUGCAGGACUUCCUAGGAGUAAGCUCCAAUGAACUCAGUAGUGUUUACUUGCCUAGGAUUGCAUUCAACAUGACUUACUUAGGUCUGUUAAUUUCACUAGGUCUACUCUGCGUAAUAGUUCGCUGUAACUACAACCUGUAGGCUCAUCUUGAAAAACACAUCAUGACAAGGUUUAAACAAAAGAUCCCCAUCUGCUGAAUUGCAACCUCUUUAGCUUUUGAUUGGAAAUGCAAACCAUCUUGCAAAGAAGGGUUACCAUUUAAACUGCUAGGGAGAAGUAGGAAAGGGUGCCUCAUCAAGGAACAGAAAGAAGAAUCCAGCCUCUCCUUGAUUAUUUUUCUCCUCCUCUGGCCUCCUCUAUACUAAUCUGUCACAAAUAAUCUUGGAGGCCCCAUUCAUUUGCCAGAGCAAGAAGGGUCCAUUAAUUACCCUGGUGCACCGGCCAAUGACAUCACUGCUCCUAUCCUGAAAAUAGUCGAGAGCUGCACUCCCCUGUAUUUCCCUUCCACAGUGCCGCUGUUUUUUGGCCUUAGAAUGCAACUCUGUUGCUGGGUCAAUGGUCCCACAAUGGGGCAGAACAGUCUUCCUUGUGUAACGAGUGGCAAGCUUUUGUUCUGCUGAAUUCAGUAACAACCCCAGAUCACUGGAUGGAAUAAUGCUUUUAAUUGCUUCUACAACGUUUUUAACUAAUUGCUCUGAUAUGUUUCUAACUGCAAUUGCUUUUAGAAGCUUUGAACUUAAAAAUAUAUAUCUUUUCAUUACUGACAACCCAAAAGUGUCGCAGCAGGGUAUUAUAUCAUACCAUAUAAAAGUGUUUAACCAUUUUUUAGAAUGGUUUUGCUUUUGCUUUUUAAAUUGCCACCCUGGGUUUUUUGGGGGAGGAAGGGUGAGAUAUAAAUUAAGUAAAUCAAAUCAAUCAAUCAAUCAAUCAAUCAAUAAUUGUGCAAGUAUUGUGUGGCCUGACAGACAACAUGUGUCUACUUAAAUUAAGCUAGCAAAAUGCCCGGCGUCUUGGAUUUUAAAUAUCUGCCUUCAGUAUGUUGGUGAGCAGAGGAUCCUGAUAAGUGAGGUCUUGCAUUGGAAAUGGAGCAUACAUUAAAACAUGACUUUGGUAUUUCGACAAUAAGAGGAGGAUGAGUUGCUGCUUGCGUUUGCUCUGCUCAGCUGGUGAAGACUGUCAGGCACUGAAACCAUUAAUAUUCUGCCCACCCUGAUGGCUUCAGGAAGCGGGGAUAAUAAUUACCAUCUUGUAAAACCCUGUAUUGAAAAGCUGCCAAGAUGCGCUCCUUUUCCCCAGCUAGCAAGGAGACUGCUGCACAUGGCUUUGCAUGCACAUGGCCUGCUGCUUCUGAGCCUGGUGUCAGAAGUUCUCAAGGCAGGGGGCUCUGAAGCUCCCCGUGGAGAUCCAGAAGGUCAACUAUUAUUUAUCCUUCCUCGUAUGUCUUUACCCAGGCAGGAAGCUGAUUGACAACUAGCCUCUACUUCCUCCCAACUGGUGUAAUAGAAGAGCUUUAAACUUCCACCUCUCAUAGUAUUUCUACUAAGUACAUAUUAUUUCUACUAAGCUGGGUUAGAUCAAAGGACUACCUGGGCACCAAACUAAUAUAUAGUAAAACUGUAUAAUAUAAAAUAGAACCACAAAGACUGGGAAACUAUGUCUCUGCAGAUGUUGUUGGACUACAGCCCCAUCAUCCCUGAACAUUCAGUGGCCUUUUAAAUGUGAUUGCGGUGGCAGCAGUGGUGGUUUGUUUUGUUCUUGUUCUUGUCUUAUGUAUUUUGUGUUCUUAUUUUGUAUUUUUAUGUUGCGAACCUCCCUGUGAUCUUCGGAUAUGAAGGGUGGUGUACAAAUUUAAUAGCUAAAUAAAUAAUAAAUGCAAAUAAUAGUAACAACAAUAAUAAUUAAUAAUUUUGUUUAUAUGGUGGAACAUUCCAUAAGACACAGCAGUGCAGAUGUCUCAGCUCUGCAGGGUCCACCACUUAUUUUGACAUUUUGAUAAGUCUCAGACGGGGCUGGCUGGAAGACAAUUGUAGGAGACCUAUUGUUCAGUGUUACUUGGGGGGGCCUGCUUGUGCCAGCUCCUCCCAGCACAGCAGGCUGCUUGUCUGUGUUUUAGCUGCUGCAUUUCCAUAGUGUGAUCCCUGAUCUAUGAAUAGGAAUUGUUGUGAACGUGGUGAGCCAGUGCCUGUGGCAAUGCUCAGAAUGGGGACCUUGAAAAAUGCUGAAGCUGUGUCUGUAAGCAGCUUUGGCUGUGAUGACAGAUGGGAUGUGGGGGGCGGGGGGGGGGAGAGUUGAUUCUCUGUCUCCCUGUAGGGGAGAUGCAGACAUGCCUCUUUUGAGUGAACUGGAGAAGCACAUGGACAGGUACUUGUGCUUCCUGUUCCUCGUGCAUCCUUGCCACAUCUGAAGCUUCUGUGAACAAAAAACACAUUACUGUCUAGACUGGGCUAGUGUGAUAACUAAAACAAGGCUUAUUCUCCAACUCCACCCAUCUACUUUUACAGGGAGCUUCUCUGAGAUGUCCUGUUUGGGGACUCAAUUGUUUACUGCCGUGACUUUUGUUAGUAUAGGGCUUGCUAUACGCCGUGGGUGGCGCUGUGGGUUAAACCACAGAGCCUAGGACUUGUAGAUCAGAAGGUCGGUGGUUCGAAUCCCCAUGAUAGGGUGAGCUUCCGUUCUUCAGUCCCUGCUCCUGCCAGCCUAGCAGUUCGAAAGCAUGAAGUGCAAGUAGAUAAAUAGGUACCGCUCCGGUGGGAAAGUAAACGGCAUUUCUGUGCGCUGCUCUGGUUCACCAGAAGCGGCUUAGUCAUGCUGGCCACAUGACCCGGAAGCUGUACGCCGGCUCCCUCGGGCAAUAAAGUGAGAUGAGCGCCGCAACCCUAGAGUCGGUCACGACUGGACCUAAUGGUCAGGGGUCCCUUUACCCUUUACCUUAUACGCCUAAAGCAUGCCUUAUGAGGAAUGGUUGAGGGAAUUGGGUAUGUUUAGCCUGGUAAAGAGGAAACUGAGAGCAGCUAUGACAGGCCUCUUCAAAGAUCUAAAGGCAGGGGUCAGCAAACUUUUUCAGCAGGAGGCCGGUCCAUUGUCCCUCAGACCUUCUGGGGUGGCCGGACUAUAUUUUGAAGGGGAAAAAAUGAACAAAUUCCUAUGUCCCACAAAUAACCCAGAGAUGCAUUUUAAAUAGAAGGACACAUUCUACUCAUGUAAAAACACACUGAUUCCCAGACCGUCUGUGGGCUGGAUUGAGAAGGCGAUGGGGCCGGAUCUGGCCCCCGGGCCUUAAUUUGCCUACCCUGUCAUCUGGAAAAUGGAGCAAGCUUGGUUUCAACUGCUCUGGAGGGAGGACCCAAACCAAUGGCUUGAAGUUAGAAUAAAGGAGAUUCUGGCUAAACCUCAGGAAGAACUUUCUGACAGUAAGCGCUGUUUGGCAGUGGAACACUCCUUCCUUGGAGGUUUUUAAACAGAGGUUGGAUGGCCAUCUGUCAUGGAUGCUUUAGCUGAGAUUCCUGCAUUGCAGGGGGUGACCCUCAGGGUGCUUUCCAACUUUACAGUUCUAUGAUGCUAUGAAAAGAGGGAAUUGCUAUUUUAUGCCUGGAAAGUGGCACUCAGGUGAAUGGGAGAGUUCCUUCCUGCGCUACAGCAACUAUGCUACAGCCACUGGUGUGAAUGGAAUCCAGCGGGAUGAACAUGCACCAGAAGUGUAAUGUGGAGAAAGUCAAUUGUAAUUCAGCUUGCAGUGAAAGAGCAAUGCUUAUGAGCGCUAAGAAACUGCCCAUCUGGAAGCAGACAAGGUUCAGCAGGCAACCCACAGAGACGUCAAGUCAGAAUUGCAGGGCUAUAAUUAACAUAUGAGUAUAAAAAGAACCUUGCUGGGAAAAGCCCUUCUAAUGCUGCAACUGGAACACUUUGGGAAUUGUUCUAACUUUUAUUGUGUCUGAAAUUUGCUUAUCUGCAGGAGUUCUGGUGUGCUACAAGCUGUCAGGAGAAAGUCUCUAUUAGGAAUGAAACUGACUAGACCAGAAAGGGGUGAAACAUAGGAAAUGGUCUAGCCAGCCUGAUACUGUCUACACCUGAAUGUUUUUUGCAGCCCAAGGUCUACAUUACUUUCUGGGCAGCCUGGGCAGAGCAAGGAGUGCAAAUAUAACCCUUGCAACACAGCUAUGUCCUCCUUUGGCCAAAGAGAUCAACAGAUCCCCAACUGGUUUGAAGACAUGGAACUUGUUAUUGCUGCAAAGUGCGAGGCUCUUGUGGACUACAAGGGUGCACCCUGCGAAAAGGCACUUGCCACACUGAGAAAGGCCCAGAAGAUUGCCAGACAGUGUGCCAAUGUGAAAUAUACUCAGAGUUGAGUGUGAAUUUCAUGCUCUUUAUUCAGCUCGUGGUAGCAAUGAAUGAAACUUUCCCCAAAACGUCUGCUAUAUAAACAUUAUUUACACAAUGGGCCCCGCGUGAUUGGCUAAUUCCGGGCUGCUCCUGUAGGCCAAUCAGGUUGCGGAUUCACUUCCUCCAGAAGCCUGAGUGGCUGCUCCAGUAGGCCAAUCAUGUUGCUGAUUCACUUCAUCCAGCAGCCUGAUUGGCUGCUCCUGCAGGCCAAUCAGGUUGCUGAUUGACUUCCACCUGGAGCUGGAUUGGGUGGCUCCUGCAGACCAAUCAGACUGCUGCAUUCUGGAUCCUAUUUUUCUAGGAUUCAGCUCAGUACAUAACACAAUGACUAUUGGCUAAAGCUUUACACAGUAGGCCAGCCUCUAAACACCCACCCACCCCACCUAAUUCAUCCAGACAAGCAAGAGGCGUCAUCGGAAUUCAGGGAUACAUCUCAGCCAGGCAAAAGCACUCAGGGUGCAAAGCAGCGCCGGUGAGGGGGCUGGCCUGGGGAGAGUUCAGAGGGCCAAAAAGAGAGGAUUGGAGGGCCACACAGACCUGGGGGUUCUUCACCCCUGGCUUGCAGGGUUUCAGACAGGGUUCUCUCCCAGCCAUGUAGGGAGAUGUUGGGGACUGAAACUGGGGCAUUCUGAACUCAAAGUGAUGCUCUGCCACUGAGCUGCCAUCCUUCCCCUGGCAAGCCAAUAUGGUCAGUUUCACAACUCCAGUUACUUAUGUGGAACUAAGUCAUGAUGAGGAAUUAAUAAAGCAGUAUAAAACAGGCUGCCUGCUCCACAAGACUCCUCCACAACUCAGUUAGGUUUGUGCAGUCGUGAAGUCAUCAGUGCUGGAUCAAGCAGUUCUUAACAUUGUUUUCUUCUGAAAUAAAAAGUCUGUGUGCAGCUUCCUAGUGUGAAAACAUCAGUUGCUUUCUCUGAGUGACUAUAGUACAUGGCCGUGGAUUUCAGGCACAAUGAUUCUUGGUCCAGCAUUUGUAUAAAUGAUUUGUUUUCUUUUUCCUCCCCUGCUCUCGUAGGUUAAUGGAAUCGGCAAAAGAAAUGACCAGGGAAUCUUUACCUAUCAAAUGCCUUGAAGCAGUUAUCUUGGGGAUGUAUCCUUUUAUCUACAAGUUCUUUGCUUGGAUCUGUUGUUGUUGUUGUUAUUAUUAUUAAUAAUAAUAAUAUAAUGGUAACCUACACUUCUUGGAUGCUGUGUAACAGCACUGGCCAAAGGUGAGUUAAAACAGAGCUGGUUUGGGGAACCUGCUUCCUUCUAGAUGUUGCUGGAUUACAGCUAACCAUGGGGCUGAUGGGAACUGAAGUCCAACAACAUCUGGGCUACACAUCUGUGAGGCAGAGGAUUGUUGGAAGCUUGACUCCUUUUCAACAUGCUUUGAAACAUCUCCAUUGGCCUAGUUUAUUUAGAUUACCUAGGAGCAAGGGGUUCAAUUUAAAAUAAAGCAGGAAAUUAUGAUGAAAAAUUCAGGCUUUUCACAUCAGUCACUUUGUCAAAACCCAAAAUAUGGCAUGGUCCAAUAUAAAUCCACCACUCAGUGCCAGGAGCAUACCUAGGAGUUAGGUAGUUUGGCCUCCACCAAGGGUGAAGUCUCCGGGGUGGGGCCCUCACAAAAAUCACACGUCUCCACCCUGGCUUGGUGUCACAGCAGCCCUGAGGGGGCCCUCCCCAGUCGUCCGGCAGCGCUAUUAGCUCCUUGUCAAGGUCAAUACACUAUUAUUGCGCCCAUAACUUGUUGAAGGAUAUAUCCACCAAAAUGCACCAGUCUGGAGGGGCCCUUAGUCAGCAAGAAAUUAGCACUCCCCUCCUUUCUGAAUGUCAAGAUCAUGACUGAGCUUCCUGAGUCCCUCUCCUUCUGUGGAAAUAAGAUACAGGCAGUAAUAACCUCAUUACGCAGACAGGCCUCGCUGCUGCUUGCGUUCGGGGCAGGAUCACGCCAAAACAGCAGUGCUUAAAAAAACACGGGAGCUUCCCAGCGCCUAGCAGAUUACUGAGUUGUCAUUUUAAUCAGGUCUCUUGACAGCUUGCACUGUCAGCUUUUACAAGUGAUUUUCCUUCUUCUUCUUUUUUUAUAAAAAAAGAUCACUUCUGUAAUCUCUUUGUGUGUCAAAUUAGGUUUUGGAGCACUCUCUUCCUGCUUAGAAGCCUCUUGAAGUUUUGUGAGGCGGUGAGUUGAAGCACUCAAUUCACUGCAAGAUUGGUUGAAGGCACAGCUGAUGAGUCCUUAUCAGAAACUCCCUCCCCACCCCCUCAGGAUAUCAGACUCUCAGUAAACAGAGCAGGAGAGAUUAUAUGGGCCUCUCAGUAAACAGAGCAGGGGAGAUUAUAUGGGUUGCCUGGCUGGAGAUUUUCAAAGGAAUCCAGACAGCUUCCUCUCCUCAUCUAUUUGUUUGGCCUGCAAAAAUCUUCCCCGAAUUACAGCCCUCCUGAGAUAAGAAACAUGCUCAAUUUUGUUUAAGAACAUAAGAAGAGCUCUAGUCCAACACCCUGCCCUCAUGGUGUGUUUCCUUUCGGAAACACACAAGUGGAAACUGAACCCAAUAGCACUCUCCCCACUUCUGAAUCCUAGCAACAGGUACCCAGAGGCAUAUUGCUUCCGCCAUGUCUUCCCCAUGUUGUGCACUGGCCCUGAUCUAACAACAGCCAUGCAAUAGCUGGUAUCUUUGGAUUUCUUUAUACUAACUUGGAUCCAGCCUUUGGCUUCUGCCAAAGAAAAAAAGGCUUUUGAUCCAAUGGAGGGGUCUCACCAGCAGAGGAGAGGAGGCUUUUGCUGAUAUCUCCCCUUCUCCCUGUAGCCCCCAGUGCCACCGUCUACAUCAGCUUUUCCCAACCAGGUGCCUUUCAGAUGUUUUGGACUGUAAUUCCUAUCAGCACCUGCUACGCACAUGGCCUGUGGUCAGGGAUGAUGGGAGUUGCAGUUCCAAAAAACCUGGAGAGCACCAGAUUGGGAAUGCUGCUCUGUUCAGUUCUUGCGGGCUUCCUAAACCCUGGAAACAUAUGGAAGGCGGUGUUGGGAGCUGCAGGGGGAAUGGGAAUUCACCCAAUUCCCACCCCCAUAGGGUGCUAAGUCUAGAUCCAAUCCUCUGCUCUCUAUCUCUCUCUCUAUAUAUUGCAUCCUUCCCUUUUAAACAAACAUGCAAGACAAUUUUCAUUCUAAAGCAAGAUAAAAUGUCACUAAAAUUAAAGUUUAAUUCAAAAUCAAACUUUUGAAAAGAAGCAAUCAGAAGUUCAAUCAGUAUCAACCAAUGCAGUCAUUUCAGGCAAAUAUAUUUACUGAGCCAAAAGUAAGCCGAUAAAAAGACUGGCAGUGUAGGUGAGACUUCACUAUUUUCCAGAAAACACAGGGGGUGUGUGGCUUAGGCAAUGAAUUCUGUAUUUGUAAAGCAGUUACGAGCAGUAAUCUGCUCUUCCGUCCUUCCUGAUCUUGCGUCUUGGCUGAAGGAAGCACGGAACAAUGUCCCUAUCUUGAAGUUAGUGUUCAUGAAUGCUCACGCAGAUAAAAUCAUCCCCCGAUGCGCACAGCAUCAGUCUCAAAACAUGUCCAAAUUAUUAAGGUUAUUAUCAGUGCUUUCGGUGUCAGCCACAAAUUCUUGGGCAAGAAGGUCACAUGGGACUCCGUCCUGUUCUUCACUGAAUCUACACCCUUGCUACACUACAGCAAGUGCAAGGGGCUCUUGUCCGUGGGGCCCAUCUGGGGGUAUGGGUCCUCAGCAGAUGCCUAACUAUGCUGACCCCUUGGCGCCAUCCCUGAGUGGUUUGUAUCAGGAGCAACCUGUCAAUCAUGAACAGUGAACGAGAAUGGAUGUUGCAUGCCUUCUGCCCAGCAAAAGCCACAGAAUUGCACUUAUGACUAGCUGAAAAUUCUGUAUGUUUCUGAGACAAGCCCCAUAUGGGUGGAGGGUUAACUUUACUUCUGUUUGUGUACAUCGUGCGGACACAAAACUGGUGGGGAAGCAAGCUUUCUUUCCUGCCAUUGCUGUUUCAGAGUAGGCUCAGGAGUAGGCAUGGUCUGUGUCUGGUUGUACUGUAUUCACCAUGAGUCUUUUCAUUUCAAAAGAAGAGGUUGACCCCAGCCAUUGACUUGCACUAGGUACCAAAGCGUCCUGCGCCUGAAGGUCCCCUUCUCUGGCUAUUGUUUCUGUGGUACACAAGAGUGCAAAGUCAAAGGUGAUUCUCCUCCUCCUAGUUAGAAUUUAAUGGGAUUAAAUAGCAAGGAUUUGGGGACCUGAAGGCUUUAUGGCUCUGACACAAGGGCAGGUGGCGACAGGGGGCAGCUGUUCAGACUUAACAAAGAUCUGCUUGGAGGCAAAUGGAGUUAAAUUCUUCUGAGAUGCAAGGAACAAUUGUGACGGAUCAGAUCAGUGCCUGAAAGACUUGACAGAUGCUAGCAAAAGAAAGGGCAGAUCUAGAAGUUGGUUACAUCGAAGAAGAAAUGCAACUGGCUUUAUAAUUUAUCUGAGAUGAAGUCUGCAUUUACUUGUCUUCUGGUGACCCCAAAGCACUUAAAGUUCUAAUUAGCAAGAAGGCAUUUUGAUUUUAAGAGCUGUAUGAGAGGCCUUGGGAGGCCGCUUGAGUUCCGCUCCACAAGUGGAGAGGGAGGUCUUUGCAUGGGACAAAACUAAUAUUGCUGGAACUCUCCCAGCCAUUGCUUUUUUCAGGGGGGGGAUGUAGGGGUACGCAAACCCCUAAACAUUUUGUGAAUCUAAGUUUGGCCUCAUUGAGGGGCAGUAUUUCAAAAUGAGUAGGAAAAUGAGAGUACCCCUCAACAUUUUUUAAGAAAAAAAGUACUGCUCCCAGCAUAAUGUCCCAUCUGUUGUGUCCUACCGAUAGAGAGAGAGAGAGAGAGAGAGAGAGAGAGAGUUUAAAGGUGUCAGAAUGCUCAUGGAUCUGCAGGAUUCAAAGCCUCUAAUCCCCCCCGACAAAAAAGAUUGACCUGAAACAACACCAAGCAUAUUCUGUUUGGGUUUGUGUUGCUGUUCAGUCGUUUGCUUUCCACACCAAGUGAGCAGAGCAUGGUGGCAUGUUCCUGUGCUGUGUAGCUUUAUCUUUUCCCAUAAUCACUCCUCCCUUGCCCUCUGCUACCCCCUUUUUUUUUCUAGGCAUGUGUGCAGCUAUUUCUGUACCCCAGAAGUGUGCAAGAGCACAAGAGCAGGUGUUACCAGCCAUUAGUUAUCAUGUUUCACAGCAGACAAAAUGGAGGCUUGGGCUCUCCUCCCCAUAUCCAUUUGGUGGUGUUGUUUUUUUUAAAAAAAUAUGAAUAUUUUGGUCCUGCACCAGAGAGUGAUAUAAUUUCACUAUCUUGAUCUGCUGCUUGCUUUGGUGGGGACUUGCACUAUACCUCCCUCAAACUAGAAAUACUCUAUAGGCCCCCAUAGCUAUUAGGAGCACAGUCACACUUCUCCCCCACCCCCAAUCCAAAACAUACACAACAGCAAUGAAAUUCUGGAAUUCUGAUAUAGAGGAUUUGUGCAACACCUCCAAAUGUCUGUGUAUGUGUGUAUAUAUGCACACCCAUCUUGGUGUAUGUACUGUGAUUACUGUUUCUGAGGUAAUCCACCACAUGUGCGGAGAUCCUGAGAGAACAGUUAUUCUGAACUGAGAGGUGUGACGAUAAAACCCACUGAAACAUCAACACAUAUGUGGUGCUCACCCAAAUUUUUUUGCUAAAGAGCUUCCGCAUCAGUGGUGACUAGGAUUGCAUAACGGCUUGCUUCUUUUUACUUAGUGGCCUUGGUGCAAUGGGGAACUUCUGAGGAAAAAGGACAGGUUAGCGUUUUGAUGUGGAUGAUGUUAUGUGGAUGAUGUGAGCAGCCUCCAAGCAUGAGCUGUAUCAAUUCCACAACAAACUCCUGCCUGGAAGCGGGCGUGUUUUUGCUUCUGAUUCGAUGUCGGAUCAAGCCUUGUAGGUCUAUCAAUAACCUUAAGUGACAGAAGGAGGAAGGGAGUGUUUGUCGAGCUAUGGCGGAUCCUGCAUUCCAUGUAGCCUUUGCUUAAGGAUCAGUAGGAGCGUUGUUGGAAAACCAUGACUGAAAAUAUUGCGGAUGCCUAUAAAUUGGUACUGACGUAUCCUAAAAUGAUAUCGUGCUAGCAGCGGCGCAUAAAGAUUAGUGUGCACGUGACACAUAUUGAUCUGGAUAAAAAUCUGCUGAAAAGUCCUUUCAUUUUUAAGCACUUUCCUGGCACCUCGGGAGUUCAUGUUUAUGUGAGAAUGCAGUGGAGGGCAGGUUUCUCUCAGCUGAGUUCCAUGCCAUUUCAGUUAGACAAAGCCCAUUGUUGUUGUUUUUCAUUUUGCAAAGGCGUUUUGCAGUGUUGGGAGUGAUGAAAAUGCUUUAGCUCCUGAGUUCACUUUUUUGUCUUCUUAGGUUGUACACUAAUUAUCCAGACCCUCAGCUGGGAUAAUUACUUGGGGAAGUAUUGUGUGGGUGAAAAGAGGUUGUGCAGAGUGUUUUAACAGUACAAUUCUUCCUGAGCAAAUAUACAUGGCUCUGGGUUCCCUGGGACUUGCUCUCUACAAAAUCCAUUUAAGACUGCAGCCCAGUCAUCUUGAUAACCUAGAAUUCUAAAAACAUGAAUAGAGCUUCAGAUCAGAAUUUGGCACUCAUAGAAGCCGCAUUAAAAAAGGAACAGUUCCUUUGCAAACCCCUUGGAGGUUAAAGGCAGAUAGUAUACAGAGGUUGCAUACAGACCAUGCAUUUAAAGCACACAUGCCCCACAGAAUCCUGGGAACUGUAGUUCACCCCUCACAGGUCCCAGCAUCCUUGACAAACUACAGUUCCCAGGAUUCUUUGGGUGGUGGUGGAAUGUGCUUUAAACGUAUGCCAUGUGCAGCUGAGGAUUAAAAGUAGUUUGGCAAGAACAAUGGAACCACACUAUACACAUAAAGGACCCACACUAUGCUUGUGUCUGUGUCUUGUUUUAGACUGUUGUGAUAAAGGUAAAGGUAAAGGGACCCCUGACCAUUAGGUCCAGUCAUGGCCUACUCUGGGGUUGCGGCGCUCAUCUCGCUUUAUUGGCCGAGGGAGCCGGCAUACAGCUUCUGGGUCAUGUGGCCAGCAUGACGAACCAGAGCAGCACACGGAAACGCCGUUUACCUUCCCGCCGGAGUGGUACCUAUUUAUCUACUUGCACUUUGAUGUGCUUUCGAACUGCUAGGUUGGCAGGAGCAGGGACCGAGCAACGGGAGCUCACCCCGUCGCGGGGAUUCGAACCGCUGACCUUCUGAUUGGCAAGUUCUAGGCUUUGUGGUUUAACCCACAGCGCCACCCGCAUCCCAGAGACUGUUGUGAUAUUCUACUUUAAAUGGUUGUAAUGCACCACGGGACCUUUCGGGCAAGAAAUACAUAGAAAAUAAUAAUAAUUUUUAAAAAUAAUCUUUUGUCCCACAGCGUCUGUUAAAACUGUUUUUGCAGGUUUCAUUUAUACUGUUUCAUACUUUUAUAAAACCUGUUUAAGCCGAGGUGAAAGAACUACCUGUGAGGGACAAUCCUUUUCUUGAAACUGCUUUCCACACUCCAUUAACCAGCUGCUCCAAAGUGUUUCCAAUUAGGUUGGAGAAUAUACAUCUCUCAGAACUGAUGGAGUGAUUGUUGCUCUUGAGAUCAUAGAAUCAUAGAGUUGGAAGAGACCACAAGGGCCAUCGAGUCCAACCCCCUGCCAAGCAGGAAACACCAUCAGAGCACUCCUGACAUAUGGUUGUCAAGCCUCUGCUUAAAGACCUCCAAAGAAGGAGACUCCACCACACUCCUUGGCAGCAAAUCCCACUGUCGAACAGCUCUUACUGUCAGGAAGUUCUUCCUAAUGUUUAGGUGGAAUCUUCUUUCUUGUAGUUUGGAUCCAUUGCUCCGUGUCCGCUUCUCUGGAGCAGAGGAAAACAACCUUUCACCCUCCUCUAUGUGACAUCCUUUUAUAUAUUUGAACAUGGCUAUCAUAUCACCCCUUAACCUCCUCUUCUCCAGGCUAAACAUGCCCAGCUCCCUUAGCCGUUCCUCAUAAGGCAUCGUUUCCAGGCCUUUGACCAUUUUGGUUGCCCUCCUCUGGGCACGUUCCAGUUUGUCAGUGUCCUUCUUGAACUGUGGUGCCCAGAACUGGACACAGUACUCCAGGUGAGGUCUGACCAGAGCAGAAUACAGUGGCACUAUUACUUCCCUUGAUCUAGAUGCUAUACUCCUAUUGAUGCAGCCCAGAAUUGCAUUGGCUUAUGUAGCUGCCGCGUCACACUGUUGGCUCAUGUCAAGUUUGUGGUCAACCAAGACUCCUAGAUCCUUUUCCCAUGUACUGCUCUCAAGCCAGGUGUCACCCAUCUUGUAUUUGUGCCUCUCAUUUUUUUUGCCCAAGUGCAAUACUUUACAUUUCUCCCUGUUAAAAUUCAUCUUGUUUGUUUUGGCCCAGUUCUCUAAUCUGUCAAGGUCGUUUUGAAGUGUGAUCCUGUCCUCUGGGGUGUUAGCCACCCCUUCUGAACAUUUUGUACUUUAUAGAACAAACACCAUCUUUAUAAACUUCCUUCCUUAUUUUCACUUUACGUACGCUGUGAUCUUGAGUCCUUUCAUCAGAAGGCUGGGGCUGACUCAAGCGUUUUGGCAACUGAGGUAUAAAACCCAAGUACUGACCCCUCAUAUAGUUAUUAAUUGAGUGAUAGCAUCUCUUUAAUGGUGGUUAAGAUUUGCUGUGAAACUGCCUAAAUUGGUUGCCCUGUAGAAGGUACCAUAAUUGGCUCCAUUACAUACACAUUUCAUGUAUUGUAGAAGAUUACAAGUUCAGUCUCUGACAUACCCACUUAAAAGGAUCUUCGAUAGUAGUGCUUGGAAAACCUUUGUGUCUUCAUGGGAGAGGCAUUGCUAAUUGGAAUAGAUAAUAUAGGGCUAGAAUGACCAAUUGGAAUAGAUAAUAUAGGGCUAGAAUGACCAAUCUGACCAAUUCAGAUAUCACAAUAAAACAUGGCUUAUCGUGACAGGAACAAGUCUAGGAAAGCACUGGUAUUAUACACUUCUCUCCUUUCCUUCUCUCCACCAUCACAACACAGAGGAGUUUGAAAGCUUUCACUUCUGGUUUUAUUCUAACUACAGUUUGUAAUGUCAUCUGACACAAGCCAGCUACAAGCCAUGGGUUAUGAAGAUGGUUUGUUUCAACAAAACACAGCUAAGAGUUGAACCAUUGUUUGGAUGCAAUGCUAAACUGUGGUUAGCUGAAAUGGCUUCUGAUCUCUUGGUCACAGUAGGAGCGAGAGUGUAUGAGCUCAAGGCUCACCUAGGUUUGUUCCUACUGCAACAAACCAUAGCUGAUCAUGAUGUCUGAACACAGUACAGUGUAGGCAAAUGUUAUAUGUGUAUCAUAUGCAGCAUGGAAAACAUUUCUCUCAACAGAGGGUCUUUGUUGCCUUGACAGUAGCCUUGCCAGAUACUUAACCAAUGGGCAGCCUUCAGUGGAACGAUUCCCAAUCAGUUUUAAAUCCCACUUCUCAGGGAACAAUUUUCAUCAUGUGGUGCUUGGAAUUUAUUUCAAUGGUCGAUAUGGAUCUCUGGGCAUGAGCAGAAGAUCGGAACUGAUGGACAAACCUUUGAUUUUCCGAACUCUGAGUGACCUCAUCUUUGAAUUUGAAGAGUCCUACAAAAAGUAUUUACACUCUGUGAAAAAAGUGAAAAUUGGAUUGUAUGUCCCCCAUGAACCACAUAGCUUUCAGCCCAUCGAAUGGAGGCAGUUGGUGCUCAAUGUGUCAAAGAUGGUGAGGUCAGAGAUAAGGAAGGAGCUGGAGAAAUAUGCCAGAGAUAUGAGAAUGAAGGUAUGUGCCCAUUUUGUGCAAUGCCUGGAGAUGGUGUGUGUGCGUGUGUGCAAGGGAGCAAGAGAGAGGCAAUUACAUAUAAAACAAUUUUUAAAAACACUGACGACAAUGAAGUAUAUAAAACCAAUUUCAUAUCUAAUACAGAUACUGACUGGAACAACAGUCUGCACUUAGAAGGCUUCUUGAAACAGGAGUCUUCAACAGACCCCUAAAAUACACCAUAUUUUAUGGUGUAUAAAUGCUGAACGAUAGCCCUCCUUUAAGUCUUUAUAUUAAGGUGAUCCACCAAAAAGAGCACAACUAAAACAAAUAAGCAGAGUGCAUAGAAGGCUGCGGAGACAAGCUGAAUCACAAGCCAGCAGCAGAUACAUUCAGAAGAACCCAAAAAUACCCCUUUGCCUUUGUCAGAGUAAUCUAUAACAGAAUGUAAAAGAAAACCUUCAGCUGUGUUAAACCACAAUGCAGUUUCAUAAAUGAAAGCUGCACUUUCUCUCCUAUCCAACAAUGAACUACUUGCAAGGGAAAACUUUUCUUAACCCACCCAUUUCCCUCUUUCAGAUUUUGAAGCCCGCAAGUGCCCAUUCUCCAGUCAAGCAGAGAACACGGGGGAAGUCCCUCUCCCCCCGAAGAAGACAAACCAGCCCUCAGAGGCGGGCCUGCCGAAGAGACAAAUCGUGAGUAUAGUCAUGUUGAGUUUUGCACUGUUGACUGGGUCAGAUAUUUGUGGUGAAUAUGACCUCCAAUGCUUUUCAGGCUAUAUUCUGACCUGGGAAACCCUGAGCCUCCUUGGAAACUUUUCAGGUGUCCUCAGACAGAAGUAGUGGUAGAAAAAUCUUUGCUGGAAGAUGGCUUGCCUUUUAUUUAAGAUUUAAAGUGCAUUGCUUGCCUUCCUUCCGUAAUGGAAUUUAUGUUGAAAAACUCAGGUGGUUUCCCAUCCUAGCACUGAAUGGCUGAACUUCAGCAAGUUUGCUUUAUCCUAUACUUUCAGACCUAACCUAUCCUCCACAACAGGCAAAUCCAGAGGGGCAGGGAAGACUACAUUUUAGGGAUGAGGUGGGCAGAAGUUAGACUUGGUUCUGCUGAUGGAUCUCUAGGGAAUUAGCUGUAGAUCAGGAAGGGUUUCUGAGUCCCAGUCAUAUACUAGCAGUGAGCUCAGAUACUGAGGUAUUUAUUGUCCCUCAUUUCUGCCCCACCUUGCUUCCAUCAUUGAACCCAAGGCGGGUUCUGACCAGGCCUGGGUAUGUUUAGCUUCAGCAAGGUGGUGGCCUCAUAGCCUGGCUGCUGACUAUGUAGCUAAAGCAUGGUUGCUGACAAAUUAGGAGGCAUCAGCCUGCUUGGGUGCACUCCAAAUUUUGCUGGAGUCAUAUAUAUGAAAAACCUAGCAGGCAAGUGCCUUUCCCAAAACAGCCCAGUGAGGACUCGACAUGCUCAGUGGCCACAGAAUGUGAAGCGUCUGUUGUGGGUGGAAAAUUGGGGAUGUGUGAGAGGGCGAAUGGAAUGGAGUUUUCUGGAUGGUUGAAACAACGAAUGGAUGCAUUCCACACCACCAUUUUGUUGCUGUUCUGAGUUGUUCAAUAAUAGCAACAACAAAAAGCUCCCCACACCGCAACGUUCCACAGCAGAAAACCAAACUUGACUGAACACCAAACUUAGUUGCAACUUAAUGCUUUUCUUAAAAUGGUACCUGAAGUUGAAACUGCUUGAGUUUAGUUACACUUCAGACCUAACCUAAUUUAAUUGUCGUAGAGAGAGAGGAGAAGAGAUGAAGAUUGAAAUUUCAGCCCUGUGCAUAAUCACUUGGGAGUAAGGCCUACUAAAAAGAAUGGGCCUUACUUCUAAGUAUACAUGCCUGGGACUAUGCUGAAUGUAGCACAUAUAGUGGAUUUAAAGCAAAAAUAUGCAUCCCACAGCAGAUUCUGCUUUCUUGAUCUUUUUAGGCAGAAACUGAAUCCUAUCCAACGGACUGGAGUCUUCAGGUAUCACGUGACAUCACAGGUUUUCAGAGUGAGAACGUUCAGAUAUUAGGAAGAAAGAGGAAAUCAGAUAUAGCCUUAAUUUCUAAGAUGAAAAAUGCCAGGCAGCUUGUCUUGAAGUUGUACCCUCUGACUUAAAAACCUUUAUCGCUGCUUUCUUUGGAGAACUGGAGUCAGCACCUGAUGUCCUUGGCUAGCUGCCAGGACCUGUGGCUGAUGCCAGUCCUGAGGCCCCUUGAAUUAUUUUUCAGGCCCAGCGCCAGGCUGCCAGAUAUAGCCAUGUUCCAAUUUCCCACAAUGCACCUGACCUAGCAUUGUUCUAGUAAACUGAAAGGGUGACUAGACCCAGCUGGCUAGUACUGGUUAGAGCAUUGCCACCACAGCCAGGUAUGCCUGCUGUUAAAGGAGAGGGCCCUUAGAGCAAUGCCAUAGCUAUGUGGCUGGAGGGGGGGGGGAGGGCUAGACGGUUUUAUUUGACCCGGGUGAAGCCUUCAGAGGGGCGCCACUGAGGCUCCCAACCUGUGUGUGCAUGCGGUGUGCGUGUGCCAAACCGGGUCUUUGACCUGGGUGAAAUAAAGCCUAGUUUUGCCCCUGCCUCGGAUGACGCUUUCAAACCCUUCAAGCCCUACCCAGAUCCUUGGGAUUUGAUAGGGCCUUUGCAGAGGUGAGAAGAAGACAUUCUGUACCUGCUUAAAGGCUCCCUUCUUACAUUUUACACAAUACGUUUCAGGUCUAAGGCACUGGAUUGAAAUGACUCUUUGAGGGAUUUGGGGCAUGCCAAAGUGGGUUCUGCACAAGUUGAAGCGGGCAACCCUGAAGCACUUUGUGGUGCUUUGGCGAUCCAGACAUUUAAAAAAAAAAUGCUGUGUGCAAGUUAAAAUGUCAGGGUACAAGGACAAUGUCAGGGUACAGGGGCUUUGCAAGAGCGAAACUUAUUUAUCCAUUAUGUAUUAAGGAUAUUUUUAACCAGCUGAUCCCAGGGCAGGCUACAACAUCCCUUAAACCAAACAGCAAUCUACACUUAGAAUUGGUUCUUAGAUAAAUUAAAUGGCAAGUAGAAUUUCCAGCACACCCAAGGCAGCAGUGGAGUAACAUCCCCAAAUGCCUGGAGAAACAGACAUAUUUUGGCCUACACCGAAAUGUUAGCAAUGCAGGGCUGGUCAUAUUUCAGGGGACACCUGAAGGGCGCCAGGUUGCAGAAGGCUGCCUUAUUGUGAUGCGAUUGAGCUACAGUAAGCCUCUGCCCUGCCCACUCUCCUCUGCCCCGCUCCUAGUUUGGUGAGGCUUUCCUUGCAAGUUGGUUUGUUUCAAAGCUGUAGCAAAGUGAACACAAGGCAAAUAGCCAUGUCGGAGGAGGAGGCAAAAGGGAAAGGGAAACUGUAUAAGCCUGGGACUCACUGAGGUUUGUUCUGGCCCUUCCGUGUCUUGUUAAACGAUGGUUUAGAAUGACAUCUGGAUGUGUCCGUUAGGUCCAUAAUGUGUAUGAUGGUUGCAUUUUAAGUAAGUCUGUGGAGGGGUCUCUUCGCAGUUUCUUAACAGCGAAAAGUGUCACUAGACUGUCUCUCUAAAUAUACCCCAAUGUUCCUUGCAGCUGUUGAAUUAACCACACGCUUCUAUUUUCCCCGCGAAUUCAUACUAUCGCUGCACCACCAGCAUUCUUGGUGGCCUCUCGGUAGGAGUGCCUAGCCUCAUUUAGUGUCUGGAUAAUUAUAGUUGUCAGAGGUUGCAAAUCUCUAGCUCCUUCUUCCUGCCUCAUCGCGCCUACUUUAGGGGAGUAUUUUAAUCUCCCUGUUUCUGUGGCUGUUUCCACAGUUGCUAGGGUGGCACAAGUGUUCAAGGGGGAGGUGUGUGUUUGACUAAGAUGUGUCAGCUCAGCAGGCCUCUCUGGAGCGCCAACUGCUGAGCCAAAUGCCAGGUGCACUGUUGCUAGCUCCUUUCCUGCUUUUAGAUUUCUCCCAGGAGAGGGGCAAGGGAAAUUGAAAUCCAUCCCUUGGCACGCUCAUGGGUUGCAGCACUUCUGGCCCGCAGGUAGGCUGAGGGGCUGCUUGACUCUUGCUGGUCAGCAGCAGGGUCAGAACUCCAGAACAAUAAUAAUAAUAAUAGUAGUAGUAAUAGUAGUAGUAGUAGUAGUAGUAAUAAUAAUAAUAGUAAUAAUAAUAAUAUUUUUUUAUUUAUACCCCGCCCUUCCUGGUUCAAAAACCGGGCUCAGGGCAGCUAACAACAAAUUUAAAACACUUAAUUAAGGCAACAAAAAGCAGCAUAAAAUACAGUAUAAAACAUGAAUAACAAUAAAUUCAGAAUUCAAAAAUCAGUUUAGGGGGAAAAUCCAUCCAAUAAACAUUAGAUGAUCACCAGGGCUAGCUGGCUAAAUUAGUCCUGUUUGGGCCAGUGAGGAGACCAGGGGAGAAUUAGCUGUGGGAUCCCAGAGUGGGUAAUCUUCAUAAAAAGGGGAGGGGGAGGGAAGGAAGGGGAAUAAAAGAUCAGGCUAAGUUCAAGUUGAAAGUUGAAUAGUGUGUGACUUAGUUCAGCCUUUGCGAACCUGGGGUGCAACUCCCAACAGCAGCUCUCUAAAUGUUCCUGGACUACAGUUCCCAUCAUUCCUGACCAUCAGCCAUACUGGUUGGGGCUGAUGGCAGUUGUAGUCCAAAACAGCUAGAGCAGUGUUUCCCGAACUUGGGUCUCCAGGUGUUUUUUGAACUACAACUCCCAUCAUCCCUAGCUAGCAGGACCAGUGGUCAGGGAUGAUGGGAACUGUAGUCCCCGAACAGCUGGAGACCCAAGUCUGGGAUACACUGAGCUAGAGGGUGAAGACUGUUCUAGUUCUUAGAAGUAAACGUGACAGGAUCCUAUGGUGUAUUUAAAGUUUUAAGACAGUUUUGGAGUAGGAUGAGCUUGAAGAUCAUGAGCGAGGAUGGGGAACCUGUGGUUUUGUAAAAUGUUGUUGGGGACUUCAGCUCCCAUCUGUCACACUAGCCAGUUGGGCCAGUGGUGAGGGGUGGUGGGAACUGGAGUCCAACAUCUGGAGGGUUCCCCACCCUUGAUCAUGGAGGAUUGCUUUGCUGGGAUGGUCAAAAGGUCCAUUUCACCCAGAAUUCUGUUUCUGAUGGCGGCCAGCAAAAUGCCUCUGCUCAUAAUGGGACUCUGAAGGCAGCAGUUCAGUAGUGUUGUGAUAUACAUGAAGGCCCACCAAUCGGCUCUGUGCAAAUCCAGCUUCUAUGAAAGCUACAAAAAAUAGUUCUCCCCGAGUUUCAUUUGCCCCUUCAUGGAUCACUGCCUUGCCGUGGCGAAGGGGCUUGAAUAACUCAGAGAAGCUAUGAACUAUGCCGAGCAGGGCACACAUGAUGAACAGGUCAUAGUGGAGAGUUUUGACCAAACGUGAUCCACCUGGAGGAGGAACCGGCAAGCCACUCCAGUAUCCCUGCCAAGAAAACUCCAUGGACAAAGACAACAGGCAUAAAAAAGUUGUGACGCUGGAAGAUGAGCCCCUCAGGUCGGAAGGCGUCCAACAUGCUACUGGGGAAGAGCGCAGGACAAGUACAAGUAGAUCCAGAGCUGAUGAAGCGGCUGGGCCAAAGCCGAAAGGACGCUCAGUUGCGGAUAUGCAUGGAAGCGAAAGGAAAGUCCAAUGCUGUAAAGAAAAAUAUUGCAUAGGAACCUGGAAUGUAAGAACCAUGAACCUGGGUAAGUUGGAUGUGGUCAAAAAUGAGAUGGCAAGAAUAAAUAUUGACAUCCUGGGAAUCAGUGAACUAAAAUGGACGGGAAUGGGCGAAUUCAGUUCGGAUGACUAUCAUAUCUACUACUGUGGGCAAGAAACCCGUAAAAGAAAUGGAGUGGCCCUCAUAGUCAACAAAAGAGUGGCGAAAGCUGUACUGGGAUGCAAUCUCAAAAAUAAUAGAAUGAUCUCGAUACGAAUCCAAGGCAGACCUUUUAACAUCACAGUAAUCCAAGUUUAUGCACCAACCACUGGUGCUGAAGAAACUGAAAUUGACCAAUUCUAUGAAGACUUACAACACCUUAUAGAAAUGACACCAAAGAAGGAUGUUCUUCUCAUUAUAGGGGACUGGAAUGCUAAAGUAGGGAAUCAAGAGAUAAAAGGAACAACUGGCAAGUUUGGCCUUGGAGAUCAAAACGAAGCAGGGCAACGGAUAAUAGAGUUCUGUCAAGAGAACAAGCUGGUCAUCACAAACACGCUUUUCCAACAACACAAGAGACGACUCUACACAUGGACAUCACCAGAUGGGCAACAUCGAAAUCAGAUUGAUUAUAUUCUCUGCAGCCAAAGAUGGAGAAGCUCUAUACAGUCAGCAAAAACAAGACCUGGAGCUGACUGUGGCUCAGAUCAUCAGCUUCUUAUAGCAAAAUUCAAGCUUAAACUGAAGAAAGUAGGAAAAACCACUGGGCCGUUAAGAUACAAUCUAAAUCAAAUCCCUUAUGAAUACACAGUGGAAGUGAGGAACAGGUUUAAGGAUUUAGAUUUGCUGGACAGAGUGCCUGAAGAACUAUGGGUGGAGGCUCACAACAUUAUACAGGAGGCAGCAAUGAAAACCAUUCCAAUGAAAAAGAAAUGCAAGAAAGCAAAGUGGCUGUCCAACGAGGCCUUACAAAUAGCGGGGGAGAGAAGGCAAGCAAAAUGCGAGGGAGAUAGUGAAAGAUACAGGAAAUUGAAUGCAGAUUUCCAAAGAAUAGCAAGGAGAGACAAGAAGGCCUUCUUAAACGAGCAAUGCAAAGAAAUAGAGGAAAACAAUAGAAUGGGGAAAACCAGAGAUCUGUUCAAGAAAAUCGGAAAUAUGAAAGGAACAUUUCGUACAAAGAUUACCAUAAUAAAGGACAAAAGUGGUAAGGACCUAACAGAAGCAGAAGACAUCAAGAAGAGGUGGCAAGAAUACACAGAGGAAUUAUACCAGAAAGAUAUGGAUGUCUCGUACACCCCAGGUAGUGUGGUUGCUGACCUUGAGCCAGACAUCCUGGAGAGUGAAGUCAAAUGGGCCUUAGAAAGCAUUGCUAAUAACAAGGCCAGUGGAAGUGAUGGUAUUCCAGCAGAACUAUUUAAAAUUUUAAAAGAUGAUGCUGUUAAGGUGCUACACUCAAUAUGCCAGCAAGUUUGGAAAACUCAGCAGUGGCCAGAGGAUUGGAGAAGAUCAGUAUACAUCCCAAUCCCAAAGAAGGGCAGUGCCAAAGAAUGCUCUAACUACCGCACAAUUGCACUCAUUUCACACGCUAGCAAGGUUAUGCUUAAAAUUCUACAAUGAAGGCUCAAGCAGUAUGUGGACCGAGAACUCCCAGAAGUGCAAGCUGGAUUUAGAAGAGGCAGAGGAACCAGAGACCAAAUUGCAAACAUGCGCUGGAUUAUGGAGAAAGCUAGAGAGUUCCAGAAAGACAUCUACUUCUGCUUCAUUGACUAUGCAAAAGCCUUUGACUGUGUUGACCACAGCAAACUAUGGCAAGUUCUUAAAGAAAUGGGAGUGCCUGAUCACCUCAUCUGUCUCCUGAGAAAUCUCUAUGUGGGACAAGAAGCUACAGUUAGAACUGGAUAUGGAACAACUGAUUGGUUCAAAAUUGGGAAAGAAGUACGACAAGGCUGUAUAUUGUCUCCCUGCUUAUUUAACUUAUAUGCAGAAUUCAUCAUGCGAAAGGCUGGAUGAAUCCCAAGCCGGAAUUAAGAUUGCCGGAAGAAAUAUCAACAACCUCAGAUAUGAGAUGACACAACCUUGAUGGCAGAAAGUGAGGAGGAAUUAAAGUACCUUUUAUUGAGGGUGAAAGGGGAGAGCGCAAAAUUUUGUCUGAAGCUCAACAUCAAAAAACGAAGAUCAUGGCCACUGGUCCCAUUACCUCCUGGCAAAUAGAAGGGGAAGAAAUGGAGGCAGUAAGAGAUUUUACUUUCUUGGGCUCCAUGAUCACUGCAGAUGGUGACAGCAGUCGCGAAAUUAAAAGAUGCCUGCUUCUUGGGAGAAAAGCAAUGACAAACCUAGACAGCAUCUUAAAAAGCAGAAACCUCACCUUGCCAACAAAGGUCCGUAUAGUAAAAGCUAUGGUUUUCCCAGAAUUGAUGCUUUUGAAUUAUGGUGCUGGAGGAGACUCUUGAGAGUCCCAUGGACUGCAAGAAGAUCAAACGUAUCCAUUCUUAAGGAAAUCAGCCCUGAGUGCUCACUGGAAGGACAGAUCGUGAAGCUGAGGCUCCAACACUUUGGCCACCUCAUGAGAAGAGAAGACUCCCUGGAAAAGACCCUGAUGUUGGGAAAGAUGGAGGGCACAAGGAGAAGGGGAUGACAGAGGAUGAGAUGGUUGGAUGGUGUUCUUGAAGCUACCAGCAUGAGUUUGAUCAAACUGCGGGAGGCAGUGGAGGACAGAAGUGCCUGGCGUGCUCUGGUCCAUGGGGUCACGAAGAGUCCGACAUGACUAAACGACUAAACAACAACAACAAGUUUCAUUUGAGCAUGAAAGCUGUACAAGUGUUUAAAAGGUACUGAGUACACUGGACUUGCCACUCGAAUGAUAAACUUCUGAACACAGCCUGUAAUUUUCUGUCUAUAGCCCGACCAAAAGGAAGUGAAAGUAGACCCAACUACAUUUGGUUUUGCUCACUUUCAUCUCAUGCCUCUCAUACACAUCCUCUUUCUUUCCGUUCUCCUUUCCCUUCGAAAUGUGUAAGCUCAUUGGAGCAGGGAUCUAGUGCUCUUGGAGGCAGCAAUGUGUCUGAAUACCUGUUGCUGGAACAGCAGGAAGGGAGAAUGUUCUUGUGCUUGGGUCCUACUUGCCCGUUUCCUGUGGGCAUCUAGUUGACCACUGUGAGAAUAGGAUGUCGGGCUAGAUAGAUGGGCCAUUGCAGCAGGCUCUUCUUAUGUUCUUAUGUUAUAAGCCAAAUCCCAUAAUGGGGCUAGUUUUUAAUUUCCGGAUACAGUGGGACCUCGGGUUACAUACGCUUCAGGUUACAGAUGCUUCAGGUUACAGACUCCACUAACCCAGAAAUAGUACUUAAGGUUAAGAACUUUGCUUCAGGAUGAGAACAGAAAUCGUGCUCCAGCAUCGCGGCAGCAACGGGAGGCCCCAUUAGCUAAAAUGGUGCUUCAGGUUAAGAACAGUUUCAGGUUAAGUACGGACCUCCGAAACGAAUUAAGUACUUAACCCGUGGUACCACUGUACCUGGUAUAUCAGAGUGGCUUCAAAUUCCUAAUCGGAUGGUAAUCAUUUUCAAGCUGCCUCCUUCAGGCCCCUUAACCCACAGGAAAAAUCCUUUAAAUAUAAUGGGAUUACUCUGGCAAAAUUAAUUAGGAGGAUGCUGUUUCAACUCCUGGUUCCCCUCACUGACGCAGCUAAAAUAAUGAAUGUCUACCAAGGUUGCUUUGCUUCCUUAUUUAUGAUUUAUUUUAUUUUUUAACUUGGGCAUGCUAAUUAAAUCUGCUCAAGUGACAAGGUAGGAAACAGGCCCUCAGUCAGCACUUUACCCGUCUUCCCCUGGGCUGCAUAAUUUCAUUGGCAAGGGCUGAAUAAAAGACUUGGCAUUCCCCACGGGGAAGCUUCACCUUCUUAAUGGAGAGCUGUGAUUAGUCAAUGCCUUUUGUCAACAAUUAGAUUACGUAAGCCUCUUUGGGGCCAACAUUCAUUUUACCAUUUUUUGAAAACCUAAGUACAAAACUCAGUAAGCCUCUUAUCAGAUACUUUUGUGAACUCCCCUUUAGCAAAGGGGAAUCGGGAAGCCUUUUAUGCCCUUUCCUUGUCGCUGGCUGCCAGACAGUCCUGCAGGAAGCCAGCUACACCUUCUGGCCUUAUCUGGUAGUUGUUGCCAAGACCACCUUGUGAGCCCACAGCCUCUUCCCUGCCUCCACAUGCAAGGAGGGACCUGGGGUUGCCCAAUUAAUGACUAGAUCUUAGGAACCUGGACCAGCACAUCUUACAAUUCCAGCCAAUACUUUAUAAUUUACUCAGAGUAUCUCUGCUCUGCAGCAGCUUCCUGGUCUUUACCAAUGUUGAUAUUGAAUUCUAAGUUGUAAAGACUGAAGUUACGUACUGAUCUUUAACACCUCUGAUGCUAAACUCCGGGCUCCUCUACACUUCAUCCUGUCCCUCUGCUUUCCCCUGUGGAAAACUGCUCUUUAGCACUCAGUCAGAGCAAACAGCCAUUUGGGUUUUAUCUGGAUUGAUGUUUGCUCCUGUUUAGCACUAAAGAGCAGGAAGAUGCAUGAAAGUGCCUGCAGCUGCUAGUUUACUGUGUGUGUCAGCUGUUAGACAGGGAGGCUGAGCAGACUAAACAGAGCCCUGCUGUGCCUCCAGUCUCCUUGGGGCUUCCCAAGGAGAGCCAGUGUGGUGUAGUGGUUAAGAGCGGUAGUCUCGUAAUCUGGGGAACCGGGUUCGUGUCUCCGCUCCUCCACAUGCAGCUGCUGGGUGACCUUGGGCCAGUCACACUUCCUUGAAGUCUCUCAGCCCCACUCACCUCACAGAGUGUUUGUUGUGGGGGAGGAAGGGAAAGGAGAAUGUUAGCCGCUUUGAGACUCCUUAAAGGGAGUGAAAGGCAGGAUAUCAAAUCCAAUUCUUCUUCUCUGCCCUCUUUGGGCUCUGGGGAGAGUCUCCUUGUGAGCCAUGAAGACUCUCCAUCUCUCUCCCACCAUUUCCUGGUUUGAAUUGAUCUAUUUAUUUAUUUCCUGGUGCCACAAGUGUAUAUGGUCACUCGCAAGUCGAUAGUGCAUAAGUAGGGGAAGAGACACCUGUACAUUCUGAAAAUUGGGUUUGCAAGCUCUUAACGCUUGAUGGUGCUUAUAUACCGAGUACAAGAGGAGCUUGCUGGAUCAGGCCCAUCUAGUCCAACAUCCUGUUUUCACAGUGGCCACGCAGUUGCCCAUGCAAGGACAUGAGCGCAGCAGCACUCUGCCCACCAACUGGUAUUCUGGCUGUAGAAAUAAAAGGUUGCUGCCACUUUGUCCAACAUGGAGUGAGACAAUUUAGUAUAGCAACUUUGAUUGCUUGAGGCUUGGUACCAGUGUACCUGUCAGGAACGGCUGAAAGUGGGGAUAGAGACCUCUCAUGAACUGGGAGUCAUUGGCUUCCAUUCCGUUUUCAGUCUGUGUGUUCUGAUUUAACUCCUCAACUUCAUGGUUAUAAAACCAGGCAACAUUCUUCUGUUAUUAAUCUUGAGAACUGGAAGUAACAGCAGCCUCCAGCUGCAGCUGCUUGGAGAAUGUCACUUAGCAGAAUCAAUUAUCUUCACAUUUGAUUCCAAGUGAAGUUUUGGAAAUGCAUGCUUUGGGAGUGUGACAGCAAAGUGAGCUUCUGCUUAGAUUGGGUUUGUUAUGUAAGGUGGAAAAUAUGUUUUUCCCCCAACCUUCUUUGCUGCAAUUUGACUGGAAGCUAUUGCAUGUCUAGCAAUGAUGACCCUGUGUUCUUCCUGUUGGAAAAAUUUACAAACAGGGUGGGAGAACCUUGGCCCUUUGUUGGACUCUAGCUUCCAUUGGCCUCAGCCAGCAUGGCCAAUGGUCAGAGAUGACUGGAAUCAUAAACCAGCAUCUGUAAGGCCACAUCUUCCCCUCUCCUGAUUUACAACAUCAGCGCCUAUCUGACAAGUUGUGUGCAUGUGAGUGAUUUUUAUGACUCUAUAUACCUAUUUAUAAUCUCAUACGAGAAGGAUAAAUCAUAUAUGCAACUCAGACAUCAACGUUGUGCAAGUGCAAUAGAAAUAAGGCAUUUAAAACUUCGUAUGGGGUGCUAUUUGGUCUAGGGCUUUGUGCUCAAAUCCUGCUUGCAGUUUCCCCAUAGGCAUCUUGUUAGGCCACUGCAAGAACAGGAUGCUGGACUGGAUCAUAUAAUUGUAGAGUUGGAAGGGACCCAAGAGUCAUUUAGACCAACCUCCUGCACUGCAGGAAUCUCAGCUACAGCAUCCAUGACAGAUGGUCAUCCAACCUCUGCUUAAAAAUAAUAGCCAUUUGAAGAUGGCUAUCAUAUCUCCUCUUAUCCAAGCUAAACAUACACAAGAUGAGCCAUUGGGUUGAUACAGAAGACUCCUUGUGUUCUUAUUAAUACCCAAAGCUGCCAUUACAAUCCACUGGGAGAUGCUGUUUGGUGGAAAUGUCACAGAUGUGUAGUGAAGCAGAGCAUCCUGUUAAGAUUGGUGAGGGAUGAUGGGAGUUGUAGUCCAACAACAACAAAAUCAGCUGGAGAGCCACCACAUUGGAUACCCCAGAUUUAGAUGGGCAUGAUAGCCUUCUGCUGGUGGUAUAGACUGGAAGACCACAGGAGCACUCUCACAUUAAUAAACGACUUGGUGACACUUGGUGUUUAGGAAUGGCGGUGCAUUACUCACCACCUGAAAACACCACCACCAUACAUUUAAAACACUCAUGUACCACUUUAGGAGUCAUGGAGAAUCCUGGGAACUGUAGUUCGUUAUGGGUGCUGAGAAUUGUAGAGCUCAGAGCUCUUCUUUGAAAAAAAAAUUCACGGCUGUUAAAACGGAAUAAGAAUGUUUUUUAAAAAUGUUUGGUGUGGAUAUGACUUUCAGAUACAACUCUGCAACGCUGUUGGCAGUGGUCUCAUCCUAGGGAAAUCUAAUCAUUUGCUUUUGAACAUCUCCUCUCCCCUUCUUGAUUCUAGGCCCGCUGCGCUGGAUAAGAAAGUGAGCGAGCUCUCAACACUGAACGAUGUCGGCUACCAGCUCCGCAUCUGACAAAGCCAGAAGCCAAACGAGACAGCUUCCAGGGUGCUUCUUCCUGAAUUUUACCCUGCGAUCUGUGGACAAAGGGGUGGAAAGAGGGAGCUGCGACUAUUUAUUAUGAACAUGAGGAUUUUAUUUAAGAUCCUAGGAAUUAGGGGUCCUAGUAGUGACAUUGGUGGGGUUUUUUAUUUUUAUGUUUUAUUUUUCAAUUCGUGAAGUGGGAAUCAAGGAAAAGGGGGAACGGGGAAAACUGUUUUUUUGUCUACAAUAAUGUUGUUACUCUCCAUCAAGCUGAAAAGGGGAGAGGUAAUGUGGUUGUGUGGCUUUGGUACCCCCCCCCCGGUCUGGAUUGAAAUAAUUGUUUCCGUCGUGGCUGUUUUGCAUUGGAGCUCGGAGCGUUGUGUGGUGUCUGUAGGGUUUUAGAAACCGGCGACGAUGAAAGUAUAUUCCCCCCGCAGCGUUGGAAAGGGCUGGGGUGUGGUCGGUUGCUUGUGAGUUAAAGGAAGCCAUAGUCCAGCAGGAACUUUCGUUGCACGACUUCCAUUGGAAUUAACGGGAUCUGAGCAACCCCCUCCCCAUUUCAACGGAGCUCAAUGGAAGAGGAAGAGGCCAGCAGGCUAUUUGUCUCUCCGGUCUAGUGUUUAAAUGUGACAUUCAGCAAUAAAAACAACAAGAGCAGCAGUCCGGAAAAGUUAUGCGAGUGGGUUUUUCCUCUCUUCGGAAUAUCAAUAUUACCUCAAGAAUCUUGACAAUAGAUAUGCAAGCUGACAGUAUUUUGAUUUUAUAACGGAUUUGUACUGUGUCCCCAGCUUUUCUGGUAGCAGAACAUUCACUGGGCCCUUUCUGACCCCACCUCUUCCGCCUUACUCCCCGUAUGUGCAUGUGUGUGACAAAAGAAAGUAUCAUGAUAUGCAAGGGUUUUCUUAAGAGCUCUGAAGUCUUACAAUUAUUCUGUUAAGGAUGCAGCUAACAGUUGAAGCAAUUGUUUGCCUACCAUAAGGGUAGCCAAUGUGGUGACCUUCAGGUGUUCAUUGACCAUUCGCCAUGCUUGGCUGGGCCUGGUGGGACUUGCAGUCCAGACACACCUGGAGAGCAUCAUCCUGACUUCACCUGCCUAACAAAUGACUGAUACCUGGUGUGUUGUUUUUUUAAAAAAUAAUGUUUUGAAAAUAUUUUGUGUCAGGCUAUGCAGGGGUAGCCAGUGUAGUUGUGCCCUCCAGAUAUUGUUGGACUACAGUGCCCAUCAGCCCCAGCCAGCAGAGCCAGUGGUCAAGGAUGAUGGGAGUUGUAGUCCAGCGAGGCCUGGAGGGCACCAAACGUUGGCUACCCUUGGUCUUUAAGCACAAGUGGAAUGGCCCAGCGGUUCUGGUGUGUAUCUGUGAGCUGUCAGGUUUGCGUUUUGCUCUGUGCAUGUAGGUGCUGGCCCACUGUCUUCUGUGCAAUGGUGAGUCCUCUGCACAUGUGAUGAGCAUUCCCCAUUAUGCUUGGGGAGCAUUCCCAAGGGAGACAAGACUAGGGUGUCCGGCUUGUGCCGCAGAGCCCUAGGGACCUUUGGAUCACGCCGAAGAACCAUAGAUGGCUGUUUUGUACAGAUAAGCCUUGUAGUGACAGUCAUAUCAGGUAUGUGUGUUGAACAUUCUUAAAAAUAAUGUCAGAAUCUAUGGGCUUCCCUCAAGAAUGUACUCUUCUUCCUCUGUUUGUAUGCCUAUAAUAUUAUGAUUAAUAAUAAUAGUCUUCAAAAGGAUGGAUACUUCCAAGCUGAUGAUGUCUUGGCAUCUUAUAUUAAGAUCAGACAUCCUGUAUGCAGUUAUGGCCAAAGUAUUAGGGGAAAACAGCCAUCUGUACGGAGUGCAGUCAGAGAAAAAUGAAUGAGGGAAGAUACCCCUGGCCAAGGAAUUGUCUUUUAGAAUGCACCUUGCAUUUGGACAAAUGAUUUUUAUUUUUAUUUUGCUUAUUGUGGUUUGGAGAGGAGCAGGCUACUGGAUGACUGGCCUGAUGCAGAAUAACACUCCUGGUCUUUUAAACACAGUUAAGAGAUCUGUGGCUUCAGUCCAAUACAGUCUUCCCUGGAAUAAGCCCCAUGGAAUUUCAUGGGUCUUUCUUCUGAGCCGACACGUCUUAAAUUUGCAUUGUCCUCAAACCCUAUGCAUGCUGACUUGGAGGUAAAUCCCAAAUUCACAUGUAACAGGAUUGCAGCCUAUGAGCACGACACCCUCUGGCAAACUCUCUUCCUUUCUCACCUUUCCUAUCGGAUUUAAUUUCCACCAGCCUUCCCCUUAAAUAAUGUUGAUUGCAUCCUGACGAAUCAACAUUAUUUAAGGGGAAAUGGCUUGCAAAAAAGUGUAUGUUAGCCAAAAUCAAACACAAAUCUGCGCCAAAAUGUUAAUUAAUUUUUAUGAGGAUUUCUCCACGCCCCUGAAAAACAAUCCAGAUUGCAGGAAUGUAGAGAACUGAAUUUAAGAUUGGGAAAAUGAGAAAGGGAGAGAUCCAGAAUGGAGGCGUUUGCCCAUCCCUAAUGUGGAACCAGGAGCAUGAUGACAAGGGAAAGGAGGGAGAGCAAAAGAAGGGAUGAAGCAGUGGAAAGAAGCAUACCAGCUUUUACUCUCCUCUAGCUCUCUUAACUAAGGUUAAGAGAUCAGCAGUGAUGUGUCUGCACCAGAUCUGUGUAAUCAUGGAAGAAUCUCACAUUCAAGGAAAUGGCCAGGUGUGUCGCAGGGCCUCACCGCAGUGUAGCCCCUGCUGAGAGCCAGCGGGUUGAAGGGAGAGGCUCAGUGGACUUCCUGCUUUGUGACUGUAUUCCUGAAAAGCCUAGCCUUCCUCAUCCAGAUGUCUUGGACUACAACUCCCAUCAGCCUCAGCCAGCAUGGCCUGUGACCAAGGACGAUGGGAAUUGUAGCCCAGGAAGAUCUGGAGAGCAUCCAUGGAUAAGGGCUGCCUUAGCCUCAUUGGGCGUUCACACCAAUGUGUGUAGGCUAAAAGUGGAGGGUGGGCAGGGGUGUGAGCACAUGUCCUGCCCCUGGCACCCCCACAUGCUCAUGCAUGCCCCGCCCCCAACAUGCUGGCCUGGGCGAGCUCCGCAUGAGAUCUUCCCACGUUCUCCAAGCAUGCUUAGAAGAUCCUUUCAGAUCUUCCAUCUCAGCACAGAAGUUCUGAAGUGGACUCUGUGUGCUUGGGGUAGGCUGGAGCAUGGCUUAGGUGCUCAUUCUCCUGCCCGAGUUCUUGUUUUUUAGCCCACACCCCUUCACCCUAAAUGCCUGAAGAGAACUGCUGUCGAAAAUCUAAAGGGCAGAAUUCCCCCCCCCCCCAUAAGUGUUAAGUACCACUGAGGGCUGAUUAAUGUGACACUUUUCUUAUUGCGGUGAUUUUGUAGCAGUGAAAUGCAGUGUUUGGAUUUAAAAAUUAAAUAAAAAAGAGGCUGUGUGCCAUACGAAGAGCUGGUUCACAUGAUUAAAUGAGCCAAGCUAUGGCUUAGUGAGACCAUCUGAGUGUGGGGGCUACUGGAGGAGUUUGCUGUUCCCUGGUCCUUUUUACGAUCAUGCUGCGCCGAGGACAAAGUGAGCUUAACCAUGGGUCCCUGUUUGAUGUGCUGCAACAAACCCUGGUUUAGCUCAGCACAGCAGUGGAAGACCAGGAAGCAGAUUGGGUGCAAGCUUCUCUUGGGACCCCCAUGCUUGUCUGGGCUUGCUAAGCCAGUCUGGCUUACUGUGCUGUGGGAAACAAGUUACAUUCUGAGUCUGGAUUUCCUCUCUGUUUUUUCUAAAGUACUAUAAUGGAUGUCUCUAAUAUAUGUGAAGUGUUUGGGGCAUGCUCCAUCAUGAACUUUACUUGCAUUAGUUCUUGAGAUGAACACACCAUCCAGGGUUUGCACCAUCCAUUUAAAGUACGUUCAGCACACACGGACCCCCCUCCCCAAAGAAUCCUAGGAACUGUAGUUUUAUUCUCAUUGAGCUUUGGUUCCCCAAACCCUUAAUAAACCAGUUUCCCAGGAUUUAUGGGGUGGAAGCUAUCUGUUUUAAAUGUGUGUUGGUUCUGCUUUAUUUGUAUGGUGUGAAUCUGGAUUUAGCCCCCUCCCCCCGCCCUGGUUCAAACCUCCCAAUGAAACUUUUCUAAUGUGGAUGAAUUAUUUUGUAUCCAGGCGUCAUUUUCCUUACGUACAGAUGAAUCCUAUUCUAUCACAACACAAACCUGCAAUUUUGAAAACUUAGUAACUGUGAUUUCAAUGACUAGGUUUCUCUAUUGCCAUAAUUUUUUGUCAAAUGCUGUUCUGGGUGAGAAAUGUGCAUGAUUUCUUUUUCUUUUUUUGUUUUUCUCAUCAUUUGUAUGUUUAGUGCAGCAUGGAACUUUAAUAAAAUAUCUUGGAAGUCUUGGGUUUUU